AUGCCUGCUGCCAUCGCCUUGCCCCCUGCAGCUCCCCCCGCUCUAGACCAAGAUAGAACAGCCUUACAGAAAGUUAAGAAGUCUGUAAAAGCAAUAUAUAAUUCCGGUCAAGAUCAUGUACAAAAUGAAGAAAACUAUGCACAAGUUCUUGAUAAGUUUGGGAGUAAUUUUUUAAGUCGAGACAACCCAGAUCUUGGCACCGCUUUUGUCAAGUUUUCUACUCUUACAAAGGAACUGUCCACACUGCUGAAAAAUCUGCUCCAGGGCCUGAGCCACAAUGUGAUCUUCACCUUGGAUUCCUUGUUGAAAGGAGACCUAAAGGGAGUCAAAGGAGAUCUCAAGAAGCCAUUUGACAAAGCUUGGAAAGAUUAUGAGACAAAGUUUACAAAAAUUGAGAAGGAGAAAAGGGAGCACGCCAAACAGCACGGGAUGAUCCGCACAGAGAUCACCGGAGCUGAGAUCGCGGAAGAAAUGGAGAAGGAGAGGCGCCUCUUUCAGCUCCAGAUGUGCGAAUAUCUCAUUAAAGUUAAUGAAAUCAAGACCAAAAAGGGUGUGGAUCUGCUGCAGAAUCUGAUAAAGUAUUAUCACGCACAGUGCAAUUUCUUUCAAGAUGGCUUGAAGACAGCUGAUAAAUUGAAACAGUACAUUGAAAAACUGGCUGCUGAUUUAUAUAAUAUAAAACAGACCCAGGAUGAAGAAAAGAAACAGCUGACUGCACUCCGAGACUUAAUAAAAUCCUCCCUUCAACUUGAUCAGAAAGAAGAUUCCCAGAGCCGGCAAGGAGGAUACAGCAUGCACCAGCUCCAGGGCAACAAGGAGUAUGGCAGUGAGAAGAAGGGGUACCUACUGAAGAAAAGCGAUGGGAUCCGGAAAGUGUGGCAGAGAAGGAAGUGCUCCGUCAAGAACGGGAUUCUGACCAUCUCCCACGCCACAUCUAACAGGCAACCCGCCAAGUUGAACCUUCUCACCUGUCAGGUGAAACCGAAUGCCGAGGACAAGAAGUCGUUUGACCUGAUAUCACAUAAUAGGACGUAUCACUUUCAGGCAGAAGAUGAGCAGGAUUAUGUAGCGUGGAUAUCAGUGCUGACGAACAGCAAAGAAGAGGCCCUCACCAUGGCCUUCCGUGGAGAGCAGAGCACGGGCGAGAACAGCCUGGAGGACCUGACGAAAGCCAUCAUUGAGGACGUCCAGCGGCUCCCGGGCAACGAUGUCUGCUGCGACUGUGGCUCUUCAGAACCCACCUGGCUUUCAACCAACUUGGGGAUUUUGACCUGUAUAGAAUGUUCCGGCAUCCAUAGGGAAAUGGGGGUUCAUAUUUCUCGCAUUCAGUCUUUGGAACUAGACAAAUUAGGAACUUCUGAACUCUUGCUGGCCAAGAAUGUAGGAAACAAUAGUUUUAAUGAUAUUAUGGAAGCAAAUUUACCCAGCCCCUCACCAAAACCCACCCCUUCAAGUGAUAUGACUGUACGGAAGGAAUAUAUCACUGCAAAGUAUGUAGAUCAUAGAUUUUCACGGAAGACCUGUUCAUCUUCAUCAGCUAAACUGAACGAAUUGCUUGAGGCCAUCAAAUCCAGGGAUUUACUUGCACUAAUUCAAGUCUAUGCAGAGGGGGUAGAGCUAAUGGAACCGCUGCUGGAACCCGGACAGGAGCUCGGGGAGACAGCCCUUCAUCUUGCAGUCCGAACUGCAGACCAGACAUCUCUCCAUUUGGUUGACUUCCUUGUACAAAACUGUGGGAACCUGGAUAAGCAGACGGCCCUGGGGAACACGGCUCUGCACUACUGUAGCACGUAUGGUAAACCUGAGUGUUUGAAGCUGCUUCUCCGGAGCAAGCCCACCGUGGAUAUCGUUAACCAGGCUGGAGAGACUGCCCUGGACGUAGCGAAGAGACUGAAGGCCACCCAGUGUGAAGAUCUGCUUUCCCAGGCUAAAUCUGGAAAGUUCAAUCCACAUGUCCACGUAGAAUAUGAGUGGAAUCUUCGACAGGAGGAGAUGGAUGAAAGCGAUGAUGAUCUGGAUGACAAACCGAGCCCCAUCAAGAAAGAGCGCUCCCCCAGACCUCAGAGCUUCUGCCACUCCUCCAGCAUCUCCCCCCAGGACAAGCUGUCACUGCCGGGCUUCAGCGCUCCGCGGGACAAACAGCGGCUCUCCUACGGCGCCUUCACCAACCAGAUCUUUGUCUCCACAAGCACAGACUCGCCCACAGCGCCGACUGCGGAGGCACCCCCGCUGCCUCCUAGAAACGCCGGGAAAGGUCCAACUGGCCCACCUUCAGCACUCCCUCUAAGCACCCAGACCUCUAGUGGCAGCUCCACCCUGUCCAAGAAGAGGCCUCCUCCCCCACCGCCCGGACACAAGAGAACCCUAUCCGACCCUCCCAGCCCACUACCUCACGGGCCCCCAAACAAAGGCGCAGUUCCUUGGGGUAACGACGUGGGUCCGUCAUCAUCAAGUAAGACCGCUAGCAAGUUCGAGGGCCUGUCCCAGCAGUCGAGCACCGGUUCUGCAAAGACUGCCCUUGGCCCAAGAGUUCUUCCUAAACUACCUCAGAAAGUGGCACUAAGGAAAACAGAGACCAGCCAUCAUCUCUCCCUCGACAAAGCCAACGUCCAGCCCGAACUCUUCCAGAAGUCAUCACAGUUAGCAGAGUUACCGCAGAAGCCGCCACCCGGAGACCUGCCCCCGAAGCCCACGGAACUGGCUCCCAAACCCCCAAUCGGAGACUUGCCACCUAAGCCGGGAGACCUGCCCCCCAAGCCGCAGCUCGCAGACUUGCCUCCCAAGCCGCAGGUGAAGGACCUGCCGCCCAAGCCGCAGCUGGGAGACUUGCUGGCGAAACCCCAGGCGGCAGACGCCUCUCCCAAGGCCCAGCCGCCCCCAGAGCUCGCCCCCAAGUCACACCCGGCCGAUCUCUCCCCGAAUAUCCCGAAGCAGGCGUCCGAGGACUCCAACGACCUCACGCCCACCCUGCCGGAGACGCCCGUGCCGCUGCCCAGAAAGAUCAACACGGGGAAAAGUAAGGUGAGGCGAGUGAAGACCAUCUAUGACUGCCAGGCAGACAAUGACGACGAGCUGACCUUCAUGGAGGGCGAAGUGAUCGUGGUCACCGGGGAGGAGGACCAGGAGUGGUGGAUCGGGCACAUCGAAGGGCAGCCCGAGAGGAAGGGGGUCUUUCCGGUGUCCUUUGUCCACAUCCUGUCUGACUAGCAAAAAGCAGAACCUUCGGACUGUCUGCACCUGUCAUGCAAGACUGCUGCGUCCACGUGGCCCUGUGCUCGCCGUGUAUAUAGCUGCUGUCACUGAGCGGGAGGCCCCCGGAGGGGCUGCCGCGGGAGGGGAACAUAGCGUGUGUUGUAAAUACCCUGUGGUCUCUGCCUUCGCCAGUAUUAGGGUAGCCUUGGGACCCGGUGCGCCUUACUGGUUUGCCAAAGCCGUCCUUGACAUCUAGCACUUACAUCUCUCUCUAUGCUGUUUUCCAAGCCAACAAACAAAAACAGGAAUAUAGGAACUGCUGGCUUUGCAAAUAGAAGUGGUCUCCAGCAACCGUUGAAGGGCAUAGAGUUGCCUCUCUGUUCCUGACAAUACAGUAUUCUCCAUUGUGUUACUGAAAAUGCACCGUUAGCAAAGAGGUGGGUUCUGUUUUCCAGGUGAAACUUUUCGGCUCCGUGACAGACCAGCCUGUAGUUAUCUGUGUACACAGUUUACAGCUACAAAAACCGACCUUGGUAUUUAUUACAGGAAAGUGCUCAGUUAAAUGUAAGUGUUAUUCCUUCAGCAAAAUAUUCACUGACCCAAAACCUUGGGUGGCAUUUUGCAGUGCCCA